GCUCCUGCCCUCCAUUUCAAGCCUCCUCUCCAGGAGGAGUUCCCCAAAGUCCUUCAUUUGGAGGAGGAGGAGGAGCGGGAGGUCUCUGGGAGGCUGUUUUCUCUGGGCAGCCUUUGCCCGGGAGGCAGGGGGGCCAAGGGGGCCAAGGGGCCUUCCCUUCCCUUCUGCUGCUUCUUCGCCCAGUAUUGGCGGCAACUCCCCUUUGUCCCUUUCCCCUCCUCCUCUUCUUGGCCUUCCUCCUUCUCUCUCUCCUUCAGCCCAGCCUUCCUCAGUGGGGCUGCUGUUGCUGUUGCUGCCUCCUUCUUCUCCUUCUCCUGCUGCUUGGAGCCAUGGGGACCCCGAGAGCCAGCCCAGGCCCCCCAGGCCGGCCUUUGGGCCCCCGGGCUUGGGCCCCACUCCUGAGCCUCCUUCUGCUGGGGCCCCUUCCUCGCCUCUCUCGCACCCAGGACCAGCCUUCCUGCCACGGCGCCUUCGAUCUCUAUUUCGUCCUCGAUAAAUCAGGAAGUGUCACAGACAAUUGGUUUGAAAUUGUGGACUUUGUGAAACAACUGACAGACAGAUUUGUGAGCCCUCGGAUGCGGUUAUCCUUUAUAGUGUUUUCCAUGCAAGCAAAAGUCAUUCUGCCAUUAACACAAGAUAGGGGAGAAAUUGAAAGAGGCCUGGAAGAAUUACGUAAAGUAAAGCCAGGAGGUGAAACAUACAUGCAUGAAGGAAUAAAAGAAGCAAAUAAACAAAUUGAGGCAGCAGGAGGCUCAAGGUCAAAUAGCAUCAUCAUUGCUCUAACAGAUGGGAAGUUGGAAGGCUUCAUACCGCAGUAUUCUGAAAAACAAGCAGAUAUAGCCAGAAGUCUGGGAGCAAGAGUCUACUGCGUUGGUGUUCUCAAUUUUAACCAAGAACAGCUUGAAAGUAUAGCUGAUUCAAGUGAGCAAGUUUUCCCAGUCAAGGAAGGAUUCAAGGCUCUUCGAGGGAUAAUUAAUUCUAUAUUGAAACAGUCGUGCACAGAGAUUUUAUAUCUGGAGCCCUCGAGCGUUUGUGUAGGAGAGGAAUUUCAGGUUGUUUUAAGAGGAAGUGGUUUCACUUUGGGAAGGACAAAGGAAAGCAUCGUCUGCUCCUAUGUUGCAAAUGGAACCACAGUCAAUGAAAAACCCAGGCAGGUGGAAUCUGACUUUAUGCUCUGUCCAGCACCCAUUCUCCAUGAAGUUGGACAAACUCUGGAUGUUUUUGUCAGUCUCAAUCAUGGGCAGUCCCUCAUCUCCAGCUCUUUAACCAUUACUGCAGCAAAGUGUGCAAGUGGCAUUGCGGCACUGAUAGCAAUCCUUAUAUUGUUACUCUUGCUGGCACUUGCUCUCUUGUGGUGGUUCUGGCCCUUGUGUUGCAAAGUGGUCAUUAAAGAUCCUCCUCCACUAGCACCACCAGCUCCAGUAGAGGAAGAAGAUGAAGAUCCUUUGCCUUCGAAGAAGUGGCCAACGGUGGAUGCUUCUUAUUAUGGUGGACGAGGAGUUGGAGGAAUUAAGAGAAUGGAGGUUCGUUGGGGUGAUAAAGGAUCGACUGAAGAAGGUGCCCGGCUAGAGAAGGCCAAAAAUGCUGUGGUAAAACUACCUGAAGAGACAGAAGAGCCAUACCAGCCUAGACCACCAAAACCAAAGCCUACCUCAUCCCCUCCUCAGGAAAAGUGGUACACACCAAUUAAGGGUCGACUUGAUGCACUGUGGGCUUUGCUGAGGCGGCAGUAUGACAGAGUGUCUUUGAUGCGACCGCAGCAAGGAGAUGAGGGUCGGUGCAUGAACUUCACCCGAGUUCAGUCUCAGUAAAGGAUGACCAAGGAGUGAAAAGCCAUCAGUUUUGUAUUGUAACCAAAGGAAGACAAUGAAGCACUUAUAUGAAGAUCCUCAGAACUUCAGCCUCUCUCAGCUCCAUUUGGUCCCAGCACAAGUCACCUACUGCUACACUAAGCGCUUUGCCGGCCAUUUCCUUUCAAGCUUGUUACCUCAUGCAGUAUUCAUUACAGCAUUAUAUGAUUUGCAAUGGUGACACGAAGAUACAUUGGCUUUGCAUGCCUAGAGUUCCACCAGAAACCCAGUACAGGAAUUUUUUUAAAAAAAAAAAAUGUCAGCGCCUUGGCUUUUGUUCUUGUUAUUGUAGCUGAACUAUAUAUUACUCAGGCCUUUAUGUGCCUCAGUCAGGAGCUGCAUUGUUUCUUGGAUGUGAAGAUGGCACUUGUUAUUUAAACAGGAAACUAUUUGCCACAGGCAGAAGCGCGAAGUUCCCAACGGGCCUGGAAAAAUCUAAGAGUUCAUUGCCUUACAGGGAUGUCAUAUCACAAAAUCCUUUUGAGUCCCAUCCUCCCUCCGCCCCCAUCGGAUUGUGCCUUACGGGAACCUUCUGACUGAAGAUCUUGUCACUUUAACACUGAGCAAUGCACAUGCAUGACAAAAUGUAGACACAGUGCCUCAAGGUAUUGGUGGCAAGCAAGGCUUUGCCCUUUAGUUUCUGAAGACACCUUUCUUUCAUUAUGCACCCAGGACAGGAAGAAAAUUAAUAGAGCGUUAUUCUACAGGAAGACAGCCUGUAACCAGAGAUCUUGAGUGGAGAUUGAAGGACCAAUGCUUUAAGGCCUUGGCACUGUGGUUGAUAUUUUCUCUCCCUCCUCUCUGCGCUCAGCACUCAGUAGCGCAUAAAAAUAUUAUCCCUCAUAAACAUGAAUUUUUGGCUUAUGUAUUGUUACUAUUGGUACGAAAUAGGGGAAGGCAGUUGCCACAAAGCUGGUAUCUCAGGGUCCCUCCCCUCCUCCAAAUCUCCAAGGGCUCCUCAGCGUCACAAGCCAGCAACUCUCUUUGCAUGAGAAUUUCAAAGUUUAAUUAAUAUAAUUAAAGGCAACAGCAAGCAGCAGCCUGUGAAGGUUUUGCUCAUCUUUUUUUAUGCCUUUUGACAUUGAAUGACCUAUUACUGUAUGCACAUUACUCAGUUUUUGAGGGGGUACCAUGCCUUGGUGGAGAAUGAACAUUGGGUCCAAAUUUUUAAAAAAAUAAACAAAGAGAGAGAUGAGAGGAGGAGGAAAGAGAUAGAAGGCGAGAGACCUCUUUUUCUCAAUUUUUCUCAAUUUAUAAAUUUAUAAACAGGAGUGCUGGGCAUCAAAAAACAUUGACAAAGUAUGUAUUAUAAUUUUUUUAGAAAAACCAGCGUUGUGUCACGUCGGCGGUGCCAAAUUAUGUUAGCGUGAGUGGAAACACUGUGGGGGAGGAAGGAGGCAGCAGCUGAAGAAAAAGGCUCAAAUGAUCCAGUCACUUUCGAUACUGUACUUCAGAUGCAAAAUGGAUAUUCGAGUCGAAACCUGACAAAGUGCGCCUACUUUGAUGGGAACCGGUAUAGACAAUGACCAGUGGCUGGGUCAGUGGGAUGUCUCUCUGCGAGCAAGGAAGCUUAUCAAAUGACACUAAAAAUAAGUUCAACAACCAUCACGUUGGAGGGGAAAAGGCGAACAUUUCACGUUUGGUGGGCAUGUAUGUGCGCAAGACGGGAAAGAGCGAGGGGGGAUGUGUGCUUGUCUAAUUAUCCCCCUUUGUUGCUUCUCAUUGAAAUCUCUAGGGACGCAAAUUAUUCUCUUGGUCGAUGGCCAAAUUUACAGCUCUUCCAAACCAAGACUAUCACCACUGUGCCUCUUGCCUGCAUCUGUUAUUGGCCUGAGAUUAUUUGUGCCACUGGUGGCAUUGCCAACACCCCAUGUUGAGCACACAUGGACAGAAAUCCUUUACCUAAGGUCAUUUCUCUCUUUUAUUUUAAUCCUGUUUUCCACUGCUGGUGCAUCCUUUGACUGGGGUUGCCUUCGUCUCCAGCUACUGGCUUCAGCCAAUCACUUCCCUUCUUAUGUCAUCAUAUGAGUUUCGAGAAGGCAUGUCACAGGCUAACUCAGGGGAUGUAUGCUUGUACAAUUAUUUAAAUUUGUCAGAUGCUACAGCAUGUGUAAUAUGUGGUGUUAGCAAUGUACAUAACACAGGAAAAUGUGCCAUCACAAUCACUUUUUGCAGCCUCUAGUGGGAACACUUUUCCAGCUAUAAGACCAUAUCUGCAGACCUUUCAGACAGGGUAGGAAUGUGAUAAGGUUGUCCAUUUUAUGUACAAAAUACACAAUACAUGCAUUUUCUUUAGUUUAGUUUACUGAAAACCAUUGGAUAUGUCUUUGUAAAAUUACAUUUUCUCUGCCUCUGGUAAAAACCAAAUCAUGUAAUCCUUCUCAUUUGCUACUCUGAAUUUGUGAAGAGAAAUGGUACUAAAUAUCUGAGUGAAGAUAUUCAGUCAUCCCUUAUGGAAUAUGAAAUACAUUCAUGUUCUAUAGCUAAUGAAAUUUUGCAUUUGAACCAUAAUGUUUAGAAAAACAAAUAACCUAAAACAGAUGCUUAGAAAACCAAAAAACCAAAUUAUAUCUACCUGUAGAUAUUUCUUCCUUCCUUCCUUUUUUAAAAAGAAAAUCUACAGUGAAACCUCUAUGUUGAAAAUAAUUCAAACAAUGAUAAUUUAAAAAGAAGACAUUGAUAAUAUAUUUGUUGCUUUGAGAAGGAUCUUGUUUAAAAUUGACUACAUAGAUCCAGCUUUAUGGAUUUCUAUUUCCAAGAAAUGAAACAUAUUUUGGUAAUUUAUCAUACCUGCAAAACAAUAGCAAAUGUUUCUCAGGGUUUAACAUUGCAUUGUGUCCAUUAUUUUAUGAAACCCUUAUUUGUUAUUCAUUUAAAGCAUAACUCAUGUGGUAAAUAAUUGCUCAAAUACAUAUAUUUGAACAUUGACAGAGACAGAGUAUUAUUUAACACAUAUUUGAAAAAGCCCACAGUAAAAAAGUAGGACAACAGCGUUUACCCAAUUCAUGCCCAUUGAGCUUCAGUAUAAGUGUACCAAAGUAUUAUUAAUUUAAUAGAGUUUAUGAAAUAUAUUAAAGUGAUAUAUUUAUAAAA